AUGGAUUUCAAGGUGCUUAAAUGGCAGAUCCUUCGUGGGUCAAUAAUGAGGCGCUUGAUUCUGAAAUUGUUCUUGUUUGGCUUGGCCAUGGCUAUAUUUCCCUUCUUGGAAAUUGCCCAUGAUGUUCGGACAUUGGAGCCUCUCUCUAUGGAUUUCGAUGAAUGCCCUCUGAAUUUUGGGUCCAAUGCAUGCGUCAAUCUCUCCUGGGUUGUAAAACCCCUAGCUGCCUUUGGAAUUCCGCUUGAUAGGUCGUCAAUCUUGACACCUUGCAAGGAAACUGGGAAUUUGACCAUUAAUGUGUUCAAAGAGCUUGUGGAGAAUAAUCUGUUAGAGACUAGUGCAAGAGCUCUUUGUGUCGGGGAGGGAUCUUCCAAGGCAGUCACGGCAUUGCGGGAAUUCGGAUUCUCCAACGCCCUUGGUAUUGAUACCCACCCCUUUUUCUCUCUGUCACGGAAACGUUUUGUGUACGAGCUCGGAUUCAAGGAUAAUUAUUUCGAUUUUGUCUUCUCUAAAGCUCUUGAUAGAGUUUCCGUGCCCGCUCUUCUCGUGCAUGAGAUUGAGCGUGUUUUGAGGCCUGGGGGCACUGGCGCAAUGAUUGUAGGUACCAGCAAUUUCUAUUCUGGUGGCUUGGUUAGGGCUGCCACCCCGGUUUCAUCAUUCCUGAGAAGUUCUAAUAUUGUGCAUGUAUGCGGUAUUGGCUCUUUCACGCUGGUUACUUUCGAGAAAAAACUUGAUCAAGUUGCUUUGUUAGAGCAUUACCGGCUUCCUAGUGAGUGCCAGUCAGUCACAAACAAUAAGCCUUUUAUAAAGCACUUGGAACCUCUGGAAGAGUAUAAUUCAGGACCACUUGGAACGAAAAUUUCAUAUCUACCCAAACUCGUGAACAUUUCCUCAAGGAACAGGUUGAUCUACAUUAACAUAGGUGCAGGGGAAGUCAUGAACUCCACCAUUUCAGAACUGUUCAAGCCCUAUUAUCCCAUUGACCCUCGAACUUUCAAUGUCUAUCUCAUUGAUGGCGAUGCUUCUGCCCUCUCAUUUUACGUGAAAAACCCUGGUGUCUCUUUUGUUUAUUAUCCAGGCCUUGCUGGAGAAAAUUAUAUGAGCAGUCUCAGUUCUGAUGAGUAUUUGAGUGCACCAUUCGAUGAAGAAGAAUUUGAUUUUAUUGGUUGGUUCGAAAGAACAGUUUCUGUUGGAGACUUUGUUGUUAUUAUGAUGAACGCAAGAACGAUGGAGCUUAAAAUUCUGUUUGAAUUAUUUGAAAGUGGAGCAAUAUGCCAUGUUGACGAAAUCUUCCUUCGCUGUUCAGACAACGUAGACUGCAAAAGUUCUGCCUGUGGUGAUUGCAUGAGCCUCUUCAAGGGUCUAAGGAACAGCGGGAUCUUUGUCCAUCGCUGGUUGGAGAACUGA